GCAUCGGGACGGAUUCUGUGAGAUUUGGACCGGUUUCAAAAUUAAUAAUUGGAGUGAGACUAUAGUAUUCUGAAACUAAACUGAGCAUAUAAUUUGGGUUACAUAUAUCUAGAUCUACAAUUCGGUAUUCUGUUGAAAAUCUACUUACAACAAGUACAAAAGUGAACAUUUGAUUUUGUAACAAAGAACGUUUCCAAGAUUAUUCAAAAUGUCGCUUUAUCCGUCACUUGAGGACAUGCAGGUGGAUAAAAUCCUCCAAUCGCAGAAUACUGCGGUGGCAGAUGCUUCCGCAGCACAACAGCGACAGCAACUAGCCUACCAGGAUGCUCCACCAGCAUACACUAUGAACCCAUACCCUGAAAUACACAAUAUCAAUGUAUCUCCCAUCACAACCAGCGGAGAAAAGGCCAGAAAAUCGGCAGAUUUCUCAUAUCCGGAUUUGGCGGAUUAUUUGGGCUUAGAAUUGAGCCAAGAAGUAAUAGCGGCCAAUAUGCCAGAAUACUUGAACAGAGAUAAGCGGGUAGCUUACCAGCAAUUGGACGCCUCGCCAGUGACGGUCGUCAAUAAUACUACCAUGGUAGCACCUAUUUCAGGUUCAUCGGUUGGCUUACAACGUGGUCAGGUCACAAAUGGAAUCCGGGAGUUGAUACUAUGCAAAGGCUCGGACAAAAAGGUUGGGCUUCGUGCACAAUCUAUCAACAAAGGAGUAUUUGUAUGCCUUGUGGUUAGGAAUAGUCCGGCUGCCAUUGCUGGACUCAGAUUUGGGGACCAAAUUCUCCAAAUCAAUGGAACGCUCGUUGCUGGUUAUUCCGUGGACGAUGUUCAUAAAUUAUUAAAGAAGAGCGACAAGAAUAACAUCUCUCUGGUGGUUCGAGAUCGGCCUUUUGAACGAGCUGUGAUUCUUCACAAGGACUCCACUGGGCAUGUUGGUUUCCAGUUUAAUGACGGAAAAAUUACUGCUAUUGUGAAGGAUUCAUCGGCUGCUCGAAAUGGCCUAUUGAUCGAUCACCAAAUACUUGAAGUCAACGGACAGAAUGUAAUUGCCAUGAAGGACAAGGAGAUAUCUAAUAUUAUCACGAAUGGAGGAAAUAUUAUAACAUUGACUAUCAUCCCAAGUAUGAUAUACGAUGUGAUAAUGAAGAAACUUUCAUCCUCGUUCAUCAGGGGAAAAAUGGAUCAUUCGAUACCAGACUUUUAAAGUCACGCAAAUUCAUUCACAUUAUUGUCUCUUGGUGCCAGAAACAUUGUUAAUGUUUACAUGUACAUGAAAAUGUGACCGCACAGUUAUGUUAACAAAGCUACCAAAAUUAUCUUUGAUAUGAAUAUUCUCGAGCAACGAGCAAUUACUUGAAGCAAAGUAUUGAUAAAGCUCAUUAUCUCAUGUUUUUAUAUAUGCUAUAUAACAAUAUUCCAAAAUCCAAAAGAUAGUAUUAUAUGUAAUAAUAAUAUGAUAUCGAUUAA